AUGGGCUGGAAGAGGAUCAGGGGAACACGAAACAUUUUAAGGAUUUUGGAUAACAAAAAAUCUCGUAAUACUGUUAUGGACUUGUCGCCCACCGCCGCAGAAACAAUUCAACGUCCGUAA